UCGACAGUGUGACCGUUGGCGAAACAUCUGCAGACACGUAUUUAUUUAGAUGUUUUUUAAUUAAAAAUUGAAUAGUGCUCGAACCAGGUAGCCCAGGUAGACAAAAUAAAGCGCAGAAGGGCCUCGAAAUGUUUGCCAACCUGAAGAACAAGCUGAUCGAGGAGGUGAAGGCGUCGCCAUCGAAAUUCCAACAAUUUGCGAAUGCUGCACAGGCCGCCGUGAGCUCAUCGUCGAGCACAACACCUAAUUCGGAUACGAACACCAGCAACAAUGAAAACUUCUUCAGCAUCACGGAGGAGGACACGCCUCAGAACUCGCCUUAUCGCAUCCAGAAACUGCCGGCCACUAGUGCAUCUUCACUGCGCGGUCGCUCGACCCAAUCCCUAAAUGGAGCCACCUCCAGGACCCGCAAGCUGUCCAACUCGUCCAUGGCCAGCGAUGUGUCCUUCCGCCUGCCCACUUACGAAGCACCAGCUGUCUACCAUCUCCAAUCGGAUCUGGACGAGACGAGCAGCGAGUUCGACGACUCCGCCUCCACAGCCCGGCUGGAUGUGAUCACCAAGGACCAGCUGUACGAUGCGUACAAGAAAUCCCUCGAUCGGUAUCACAAGUACCGCUGUCGCUACACGGAUCUGGCCAAAAAGUACAAGGAACUAGAACGCGACAGCUCCAAGGCGAGGUCCGUGCUGGUGGAGACGCAAGACAAGGCGCUGCGCCGUAUUAGCGAGCUGAGGGAGCAGUGCACGCUGGAGCAGCAGGCCAAGGCUCAUCUGGAGGAGGCGUUGCGCGUCGAGAUGGACGACAUGAGCUGCAAAAUGCAGGCGUAUCAGACGAAGCUCCAGCUGCUGGGCGAAAAUCCGGAGAACAUAACGGCGGCUCUGGAGCGAAGUGGCCAGUCGUUGGACACGGAGCAGCUCAUCGACCUAGAUGAAUCGGCUGGAAAGUCGCCGCCUUCUGCAAAUGGCACUGGUUCCGGUGAAGGAGUGCCCGAUCUCCAGCGAUUACUCAAAGAGCAGGAGGUGCAUCUUAAGGAGGUGACGGAAAAGUAUGAAGCCCUCCGCAAGCAGGAGGAGGAGAAUGUCCUGCUCCUGGCCCAGACUAAACAGGCCAUUCACACGGAACUUGAGCACAAGGACACCGAGGUGCGGCAGCUUCAGGAGAAACUCAAGCAGUUGGAGUCCCAGCGAGAGACCCACAACAACGAGGCCAAGGAGCAGUUUAAGAAGCUGCAGGCCACAAAGCAGGAGGUCGAUGCCAAGCUAUUGACCUCUGAGCACCUGCUUAACACCCUCAAAGGAAACUUAGCAGCCAAAGAGCAACUGGUUGCCGCCCUCGAAAGUCAAGUGGUAGCCAUCAAAGCGGAAACCGAGCAAAAACUAAAGGAAUUGCAACAACAGAACGAAAAUCGCAGCAACCAAGCAAGCGAUUCAACCGAGCAGCUUGAAAAACUGCAGUCAGCCUUAAAAGAAGCCGAAACGCAGAUCUUGGCAAAGGAUCAACUUCUGGAAACUCUCAGAAGCGAACACUCAGCCAAGGAGAAACAGUUAAAGGAUCUGGAAGAGCAGCUGCUUAGCCUGAAGAAUGAAAACGAAAUUAACUUGGAUAAACUUCGACACAACAAAGAAGCUAGCGAGUCUCAAACCAAGGAAGCUCAGGAUCAGCAACAGAAACUUCAAGCUGAUUUAGAGAUGGCUAAGUCCAAGCUCUUGGCCACAGAAGAACUUGCGAAUUCCCUAAAGAGCGAUCACAAAGCCAAGGUAGAGCAGUUAGCUGAGUUAGAAGACAAACUGAAAUCUCUUGCCGAAGAAAACGAAAAUAACCUGGAAAAAUUGCGCCAGGUCAACGAAAAUCGCGAGACCGAUUUCCAGGCAAAGCUGAAUAAACUGCAAACAGCUAAGGAUGAAGCCGAGUCGAAACUUCUAUCCACGGAACUCAGUUUGAGUGCGCUUCAAGCCGCACUCUCGGCCAAGGAGGAGCAAGCUGCAUCCUUGGAGAAAAGCCUGAAUGCCCUCAAAACCGAAAACGAGCACAGUUUGCAGGACCUGCAGUUGCUAGAAAUUGUCCAGCGUCAUCAGCAAAACGACUGGGAAGCUCAGCUGGAUCAGGCUAGAGAAGAAUUAGCCGAAAUUCAAUCGCAGCGGGAGCAACAUGCUCUUGAACUCGAAAAAAGUCUGGAAGUGGAACGCGAAUCGGUGGCCGCUUUGAGUUCCGAGAAAGCCUCCCUGGAGGAACAGCAUAGACUUAAGCUGGAACAGCUGCAGCGCGAGAUUCAAAUCCUGCAGGAUCAGCACGCCGAAUCGGAGAGCGAAACGGUGGCUGCCCUAAAAGCUCAGUUGGAGGCACUUAAGCAGAACUUGGCCACCAGUCAAGCGAGUCUCCUGGCCAAGGAAAAGGAACUCAAAGCCAGCGGUAACAAGUUAAACAAGAUAAAGAAGCAACAUGAGCAGCAUCAGGCCAAGUCAAGCGAACAAAACGCCCGCCUCGAAACGCUGCAAAGUGAAUUGGCAGAUCGACUGGCUCACUCCCGCCAGGUGGAGAGCGAAAAGGAGGAAUUGCAGACACGGGUCACCGGUAUUCUGGAGGAGAUCGCUAUGAUGCAGGCGCAGAUGCAACAGGUGCAGGAUUCACACAGCGAACUGGAACACGAAAAGCGCAAGCUUGAAUCCCGAAUUGAGUCGCUGCAGCAGGAGCAGGUUGACAGCAGUGCCCAGGACGAACGAACCUCCGCCAAGUUGGAGGAGAUCCAGAGCGAAAACACCAAGCUGGCUGAGCGCAACUGUCUGCUGGAGGAGCAGGCCAAUCACUUGGAGUCCCAGCUGCAAGCCAAACAAGACGAGAUGGGCAAGAUUCAGGUGAAGAUGCAACAGGUCCUUGACGAGCAUUCGAAACUGCAAAAUGCCCAGGAGCUAAUGGACCACGACCACCGGACGCUGCAGGACAAGUGCGAUGCCUACGAAAAGGACAAGCUGCUGACCAAGGACACGCUGGACUGCCUGCAGGAAGCCAGUGAGGAACUGCAGCGGGUUAAGAGCAAUUUGGAGCGGGAUCUGGAGGAGCAGCAACAGCAAUUGUUGGAGCUAAGAGAGCGUCAGAGAGAACAGGAGCAGCAGCUGAAGGACCAAGCCGAACGCUGCGCGGAACUGGAGGCCCAAAACACCGAGUGUGAGUCCCAACUGCAGGUCACUAUCAGCAAUCUUCGCGAGCAACUUGAUGCUUACAAGCAGUCAGAGCAAGGCAUCCAGGAGAAGAUCCAGGCCACCAGUUCGUCCUAUGGCACGCAAAUCGCCACUUUGGAAGCUCGCUGGAGCGCCGCCAAUUCGGAUGUGGAGCGCCUCCACGAAGCCAACGACGCCUUGCACCUGGAAAUGGAACAGUUGAAAAUCAAGCACAGUCAGGAGCGCGAGGAAGUAAAGGAGUCCAUAGCCCAGAAAAACCGGCAGGUGGUGGAGCUCCAGGAAGCCAUGGCCCUGAGGGAUACUCAGCUGAAGGACAAGGUAGAUGCCUUCGAAAAGCUGGCCAAAUUCGAUGAAAUUCUCAUCGAGAACGAGUACUUGAACAAGCACACUAAACAACUGGAGAAGGAAUUGGCUGAAGGCGCUGAGCUGAAGGAAAAACUAAAAUCGUUGCAAUGUGAACUGUAUGUACUCCAGGAAAAGGCCGAACAGCACGCCGUCCAAAUGUUAGAAAAGGAAACUCAAAGUGCGGCAGCCACAGCAGAGGUCUCCGAACUGAAGCAAGCCAUAGAGGAACAGGCUGUGGAGCUAACCCGUCAGAAAGAGCACGCCAGCUUUGUCACCGAACAGAGUGACGCUGUACAAAAGGAUCUGCUCCAAGCGCAGCAGCAACUCCAUGACAAACAGAUUGAGCUAACGAAAGUCCAAGAAGAGCAGACCAUUCUGCAGGCUGAGCUGGAUAGCCUCAAUGAAGAGGUGGUCAGUCUCAGGGACUGGUCCACACCGGACUCCGACGGCUUGCGCAGCCUUAACGAGCGACUGCAGCGGGAGCUGGAGGAUCUGAAGCACAAAAGCAACGGUGCGGAGUCCAAUAUGCAGCAGGAGAUCGAGGAGCUGCAGGCGAAUAACCAGCAGAUGGCCGAGCGCAUCAAUGAGCUGGAAACCCUGCGAGCGGGCAUCCAGGCCCAGCAGCUCCUCGCCAGCAUGGCUCCCAAAAACGUCCAAGAGGCAGCUGCUGCUGGAGAGAAGGCUGAGCUGGAGGCCAAGCUUAAGGAGAUUAUGAACGAAGUGCAGGAUGUGACGAAUCGGAACCUGUUCCUGGAGCAAAAGUGUGAGAACUACCUGAUACUCGAACAGUCUAACGAACGACUAAAGCUGCAGAAUGCGAAAUUGUCGCGGCAACUGGAUGAAACACUGGUAUCCAUGCAGCAUAGCGAGGCUGUUCCGGCUAACACGGAGUUUGAAUACUUGCGCAACAUCAUGUUCCAGUACCUGACUGGCAACACGAACAACGAGACACUGGUCAAGGUGAUAUCGGCAGUGCUCAAAUUCUCGCCGCAGCAGGCCCAAGUUGCCCUGGAAAAAGAGCAUCAGAGGCGAUCGCUGCUGAACAAACUAAUCUAGCAUGAACUGAUGGCUCUCUACGAUGGAGACUGGAACUGGGAGCCCUGCCCGGCGACGCUUCUAGAACGCAAAUGAAGUCGGAAUGAUUGGCCCGAGAUCACAAGUACCUUAUACCUCACCUCUGGCAUAUGAGAUGUGUUUUUCCGGCUGACUCUGCAGGCAUUUUGAGUUGUGGGAGCAGUUGAUGUUUGUGCUAGCCCCGUACUAGGUCAAUGUUAUUGUACAGUCCACUAAUUAACUAUAGCUACUUCUAUCCAAAUUCAUGCUAAGCACUUUUGUACAUUUCGAUUAAGCUUUCCUUUGUUUCCGGCAUUCACUUGCUUGCGAUCCAUAUACCAUAUCCCCAUCUCCCCCCACUUAACCACUAUCUAACCUAAGUGCAAUCUUUUUGUGUAUUUUAGUUAUAAGUUGAAAUUUGUAAAGAUCCGCAGCACAGUUGGCAUUUAGUUUAAUUCAAAUUCUAUACAAUUACAUACAUAAAUAAAUAGUUGCAAUUCAUACACGGGAA